CCCUAGCCCAGCCCAUUUCUAUACAAGGCCCACUCUCCACAGCCUCCACCCACAACGAAUACUCCACACGGGCACAGAGGGGUGAAUUCUCAGGCCUUGAGCUCAGCAGGCAGGAAUGUGACUGAUAAAUCAGAGAUAACCCCACCCCCACUCCAUAAGAGGGCUGGCCGGACACUCAGCCCCAGGAUAAAAAGCUGAGGCUCCGUGGCAGAAGAAGCCAGCAGCUUGAGGAGGUGGGACCAGAGAGUGAGAGAGACAGAGAACAAGGCACUGCAGCAGCCUGGCUCAUCACGACUGCGGCAUGGAUCUCCAGAAGGUGCUGUCCCGGAUGAUUCUGUUCCUGCUUUUCCUGUCUCUGUCAUUGCUAGGAGGUCACUCCCACCCUCUGAGCAGUCCUAGCCAGUCUCCAGAACAAGUCAAGAUGCAGGAGCUGUUGGAUCUGCUGAAGGAAAAGGCAGAGGAGGUGCCUCAGGGGCAGCUCCUGAAGGACCAAGACACCACAAAAGCAUCUCCCAUAAGCACCCUUAGGUCUCAAGACAGCACCUUCCAGAUCCUGCAGAGACUUCGCAGCUCCAAGAAGAUGCAUACUUCGAGCUGCUUUGGGCACAGGAUAGACCGGAUCGGCUCUGUCAGUCGUCUGGGCUGCAAUGUGCUGAAGCGGUAUUAGGAGACCUCCCAGCUGCAGACGCCUGCUUCUGACUCCACCUGGGGCUCUUUCCCCCAACUCUGGGACCCCCUUUUGAAGUGAUCCUAUUUAUUUAUUUAUUUUUAUUUAUUUAUUUGGUUGUUUUCUACAAGACUGUUUCUUACCUUUGAGCACAGAC